AUGUUCGAAUCCUUCGGAGUCCUGCUCAUCCUCCUCGAUGCUGCCUGCCUUAUCCUCGUUGGGCUUCCUUUUUGCAUCCUUACCAGUCAACACAAACCUUUCAAACGGGGCUUCUUCUGUAACGACGAGUCCAUCAGAUACCCUCUGAAAGAUGACACCAUAUCCUACCAGCUGCUGGGAGGAGUCAUGAUCCCUUUCUGUCUGAUCGUACUCUUCUGUGGAGAGUUUCUUUCGGUGUACCUGUCUCAAACCAGUAGCCAGUCUUUGGUGAAGAGGCAUGUGCCGUGCCUCUAUAAAGCAGUGGGGAGCUAUUUGUUUGGAGCUGCUUCCAGCCAGUCUCUGACUGACAUCGCUAAAUACUCCAUCGGCCGCCUGCGGCCGCACUUUCUGGCUGUGUGCAAACCAGCAUGGGAGCGUAUCAACUGCGAAGCGGGUGGUUACAUCGAGAACUUCACCUGCUCUGGAGAGGAGUUUUUGGAGGAUGAGGCCAGAGUGUCCUUCUAUUCUGGUCACUCAUCCUUCUCCAUGUACUGUAUGCUGUUCCUCGCUCUGUACCUUCAAGCCAGAAUGAAGUCAAAGUGGACCAGACUCCUGCGUCCCACCAUCCAGUUCUUCCUUAUUGCCACUGCGGUGUAUGUGGGUCUCACCCGGGUGUCCGACUACAAACAUCACUGGAGUGAUGUGCUCGCAGGCCUCCUGCAGGGGGGUUUAGUGGCUGUUUUCACUGUUUUUUGUGUUUCCAAUUUCUUUGCGCAGCCUGUGAAACCAGUGGUCUCGCAGAGGGAAGAGGUCGAACACAAUUUACAGGAAACGCUGAGCGGUGGCAACCACUACGGCAGCACUGACUGAAUCA